UUGAACUUUUACUUUAUUGAAAAAUUCGAUUGACUUAAAGGAUUUGAACAAUUGCAAAAGGAGAUCGUCAAGAACCAGAUUAAGAAUGAGGAAUUGAAGUGGGAAAUUGAGAAAAUUGAGCUGAGAGAAAAGAGAGUAUAUCAAUCAGACUCACAAAGUGUCAAAGAAGUUGGAAUUCAGCAUGAUGACUAUCUGGACGAAAAUUUCAAAAAGAAAAUCACAAAAAGCCACAUUAAAAUUCUUAAAAAGAUCGAAGACCUCCCUCACAUAAUCUCAGCCCACUUAAAAGACGAAAAACCUCCUCCUUCAAAAUCCCAAGUGAAACGCUACAGUUCAGAAUUCGGCUACGUUUCAAUAAUCGAAGAUUCUUCGAAAGCAUAUCCAAACCUUCUUGAGCCAUCAUCCGUUGAAAUGCAUUCCCAAUCUUUCUCAGUUCCAACUGAAUAUCUUCAGUUUU